AAACACCAGCAGGACCUGCUCUGGGCUUUAAAACCUGCGAACACUGCCUCCAAACUGCCUGGGGGGUGAUGUGCUGAAGUGGCACAGGGCAGAGCAGCAUGAGGCUCCAGCUGGAGAAGCAGCUCCUCUUCCUCUCCCUGCUCUGCAUCCUCUCCAAGGUUUGUGCCCAGCUGUGCCGGAGACCAUGCUACUGCCCCUGGGUGCCACCCCGCUGCCCCCGCGGGUCCCCGCUGGUCCUGGAUGGGUGUGGCUGCUGCAAGAUCUGUGCCCGGCGCCUGGGAGAGCCCUGCGACUUCCUGCACGUCUGUGACCAGAGCCAGGGCCUCGUCUGUGACUACAGCUCAGCGUCUGCAGGGAUGGGAGGCACCUGCAACUUUGAAGACGAUGAGGAGGGCUGCGAGGUGAACGGCCGGGUCUACCGAGACGGGGAGGUUUUCCAGCCCAGCUGCAAAAUCCAGUGCCAUUGCUUGGACGGGGGCUUCACCUGCAUCCCGCUGUGCCAGGAGGAUGUGCGGCUGCCCACCCCGGACUGCCCCUUCCCCCGGCGCGUGGAGAUGCCCGGGAAGUGCUGCCCGGAGUGGAUCUGUGACGCCCAGGACCAGCACCUCCCCCGGGAUGCCAGGGCAGCCGCCGGGGCAGUGCCGCUGCGCCCGCCCUGCCCGCCGUGGGGCACGGAGUGGAGCCCCUGCUCGGCCACCUGCGGCCUGGGCUUCGCCAGCCGCGUGUCCAACCAGAACCGCCUGUGCCGCCUGGAGACCCAGAGGCGGCUGUGCGCGGCCAGACCCUGCCCGGCGAUGGGAAGAGGAGGUCGUUUGUAGCUGUGCCCACCCCGGAUUCACCCUGGAGCCAACGCCUCAUCCCGGCAAAGAGUCUGGCACAAACCCAUGGCACUGUGGUUACGCUGAAGAUGGAGGGUGUUUCCACUGGGACAG